AUGCCUGACACAGAUCAACCAUUGUCAUCUCAAGCCUCUGCUGUGCCCGUCCAAGCUGAUGACUCGUCCAUAAUAGCCCGGGUAGGAAUAAAAGCACCAGAAUUCUGGCGUACAGAACCGGAACUGUGGUUUCUCCGAUUAGAAGCACAGUUUCGACAAGCUAAAAUAACCGCAGACAAUUGCAAAUUCGACCAUACGGUGGCUAGUUUAAAUAGCGAGGUUCUUUCUGAGGUGGCAGACCUUCUAAGAAAUCCAACAACAGGUAGGGCCUAUGAAGACCUGAAAGCACGUCUUCUCGAUAGAUACGGCAUUGGCCCCGAUGAAAGGAUACACCGCUUAAUGGAAAUGACCUUGGGUGACCUUAAACCGACGCAGCUUAUCCAUAAAAUGCAAGCUUUAGCUCUGGGAAGUAUUAGUGCACAGGUGCUUAAAAACUUAUGGUUGGAUCGUCUACCACCACAAGUUCGAGGCGUCAUAUCCAUACUUGAUGGCGAUAUGGAGGAAUUAGCCAAAAAGGCAGAUAGUUACAUGCGUAGCGUUAGCUUUCCCGUCAUGCCGAUCAGUGAAGGCCCCGCCCUAGACAGAACAGUGGCUGCGUUAAGCGACCAGGUGAGCGCUUUAUCUAAGAAAGUAGCUGCCAAUGAGCAAACGCAACAGGCGCAACAGGUUAAAGCCUCCAACAGCUCACCCACCCACAGCCUCUGUUAUUAUCAUCAGAGAUUUGGGGCUCUAGCAAAGAAGUGCAGACCGCCAUGCACCUUUACAAAAAACGACCAAGGGGUGCAGUAG